AUGGCUGUCGUCCAUGCUUUCAUCCUCGUCUCUUUAACCACCUUCUCCCUUCAUUUCUUUCAAAAUUCUUUCGUCGAAGCCGGCAGAGGCGGUUUCAGUGUCGAUCUAAUUCAUCGAGAUUCUCCUCAGAGUCCCUUCUACAACCCGUCCGAUACCCUCUCAGACCGUGUAUCGAAAGCAAUCCGCCGUUCAAGUUCUCGGGUCGACUACUUCCGUUCUCUGUUGAAAUCUUCUACCUCCAUUAACACCACCUCCAUCCAAUCAGAGGUGCUCCCCAACGGUGGAGAGUAUCUCAUGUCGCUUUCCAUCGGCACCCCUCCAGUCAAGCUCCUCGCCAUCGCAGACACUGGAAGUGAUCUUAUCUGGACACAGUGCAAGCCCUGCGAACAAUGCUAUCAUCAAACCACCCCCCUCUUCGAUCCGUCUAAAUCUUCUACUUACCGUGACCUCUCUUGCGAAUCGAAUACAUGUGCAGCUCUUCCGCAAGCUUCAUGCAGUGAUAGUAGGAAGUGUGAGUACUCUUACAGCUAUGGAGAUAAGUCAUAUACUAAUGGACUUCUUGCGGUAGAAACCCUCACGUUUGCCUCCAGUUCCAGAGCUAGAUCCAGCAUCAAAAUUCCAAAGAUCUCAUUUGGGUGUGGCCACAACAAUGAUGGGACUUUCAAUAGCCAUGGAGCUGGAUUGGUUGGACUCGGAGGUGGCCAGCUUUCUCUCAUCUCUCAGUUGGGUUCUUCAAUUAAUGGGAAGUUCUCCUACUGCUUAGUGCCGCUACAGAAGACCACCUCCAGCAGCCAAAUGAUUUUUGGCGAUAGUGCAACCGUCUCUAUCUCUGGUGUCGUAUCCACACCUUUGAUUCCUAAGGAGCCAGAUACAUUUUACUAUCUAAACUUGGAAGCUAUCAGUAUUGGGACGAAGAAGGUGGAGUUUCCGUCGGUGGAUGAAGGCAACAUCAUCAUCGACUCUGGCACGACUCUUACGUACCUUGAGACUAGUAUUUUUAAUAAAUUGGAAUCGGCAUUGAAGGGAGUGAUCACUCUUCCGCCGGCUGAGGACCCAACUAGGACGUUGGAUGUUUGCUACCAGUUGGGAUCUGAUGCUGAAUUACCUAAUAUGAAGUUCAGCUUCACCGGCGCCGACCUUGUCCUUCCUCCAUUGAACACGUUCAUUCAAGUUUCUGACGAUGUGGUUUGUCUGGCUAUUGUUGCUUCGGAUAGCUUUUCCAUCUUUGGCAACAUAGCGCAGCAGAACAUUGAGGUUGGAUAUGAUCUUGUUGGGAAGACGGUCUCCUUCGCUAAAACUGACUGCACCAAGCAUUAG